AUGAGAAACAGAUGUGGCUCUUUGAGCCGGCAUAAGUAUCUGCUGGCUGCCAUCCUGCUCAUCCUCGUGUUGUACAACUCAUUACCCACGGCAACGUCAACAAUCAGCCCCCACACUGAAGAAUCCGAUAAUCGCCCACGAUACCUCCAUCAGUCACCCUUUCGCGCAAACCCAGACUAUGACUACGAGAUCGCAGUGUCAGAUGCACUACAGAAGAUCGAAUCAGAUCGCAGCGUGCACCCCGCAGCGACAGAUACAAUCUGGCAGAUUAUCUUGUCCCCCAAAGACCAGCGCAAAGAUGAUUCCUACGAAUUCCAGAAACGGAACCCUGAAUGGAGAUACCAGUUGAUAAACGCCCAUUGGGCCGAUAACUUCAUCACCAAGACCCUCGCAUCAAUUCCAGACCUUGCUCGUCUGUACAAAUCAUACCCUCAUUAUGUCCAGCGCGGCGAUCUGCUCCGCUACCUAGUCUUAUGGUACUACGGCGGCUACUACGCGGACGUGGAUGUAUAUCCGGCAAAAAGCAUCAAAUCGUGCCCAACGCUUCGCAACGUGUUCGAAGAUCUUUCGAUCGGCACGUCGAUCAGCCGCAAUGUCUCUCUCGUCGUCGGAGUAGAGAUUGAUGAGCCCUUGGCUUCGCCACAAAAGAUGCGAGAGUGGCAUUGGGCCCGGAGGUAUGGGUUUCUGCAAUAUAACAUAUAUGCGCCGCAGAGAUUCAGUCCGCUAUUGAGGGAGGUGAUCGUCCGGGUUUUGUCUCAUACGAAGCAUCAUGUGGAAAGUCACUUUUGGGGAAGGUAUGAUGAGAUGACAACGCUGGAGGUCACGGGGCCUGGUGUGUUUACAGAUGCCAUCCUCGACAAGCUCUCCGACACAUUGCCGUCUACACAUCCAUUCAUUGAGGAGUCUCUGAAGGCGGGUAAAAACUCCGGGGACACAAGUUCCGGGGACCUGAUGCCUUCGUCCUUGACCUUGCCUGCCCAACGUGUGACAUGGGCACCCUUUCACGAUCUCACAGACACCGUUUGUGCCGAGGAUUCUGACGAUCGGUCUGGGAGAAUGGGCGGGAUCUGCGUCUUGCCUGUCAAUUCUUGGGGCAAUGGACAAAGACACAGUGGAGCUGAGGGCUUUAACAGCCCACAUUCUUGCAUCAACCAUCGCUUUGGGGGCACCUGGAAGCCUUGGAAACAGAGUUGGAAGAAAUACUUAUUCGGGUAA